UAGCAUCAUGGGAAAUGAACAAGCAAAGUUGUCGCCAGAAGAGCUCAGAGAGUUGGAAGACUCAACUUAUUUUGAUAAGAGGGAGCUUCAAAAAUGGUUCAGGGAGUUUAUGAAAGAUUGCCCUUCAGGAUCUCUCAGUAAAGAUGAUUUUAUAAGGAUAUAUCAACAAUUUUUCCCGCAAGGGAAUCCGUCCCAAUUUGCAACUCAUGUUUUCAAAGUGUUUGACUCUAACUCAGAUGGAUGCAUAUCCUUCAAGGAGUUUAUAGUUGCUCUCAGUGUAACCAGUAAAGGAUCCCUUGAUGAGAAACUUGACUGGGCUUUCUCACUUUAUGAUUUGGAUGGCGAUGGAUACAUCAGCAGUGCAGAGAUGUUGAGUAUUGUGACGAGUAUUUAUGAAAUGGUUGGUAAUAUGCUUAUUUUACCAAAGGAUGAAGAUACACCUCAAAAGAGAGUUCGAAAGAUAUUUAUGCAGAUGGAUCAGGAUAACGAUGGGAGAUUGACAAGACAGGAGUUCAAAGAUGGCAGCAAAAUGGAUCCCUUCAUUGUCCAAGCUCUAUCCAUAGACUAUGAUCAAAAUAAGAUUGAGCCCAAGAAAUCAUAGCCGAGUGAUGUUGUUACGCAAUUUUGUACAUAGAUUCAGAUUUGAUUUUUAUAAAAUUGUUAUAUCUACUUUUAUCGAGACAUGUUGUACUUGCUUUGGUUGCUGGAUCCUGCUAGUACAGCUGUAAAUACAUUGGCACUGUACCAAUUUGGCACAAUAUUUCUGAAAGAGUUCGUGCACAGAACUGUUCAACAAGGACAACUUCAGCCGCAAUUUAUUGAACAGGAUUAAGUUAUUGGUUCAAAGCCGGCCAAUUUGUGUGAAAUUUUAUAUUUUGCAGUAUAUGAUAAUCUAAUCAUCCGAUAUAAUAUCUAUAUAUAUAAUGAACACGGAAAUUUAUAUAAAAUCCGAAUUUUGAUCAUUAUUUUGGUCACAAUAUUUUAGUGCUUGGUUGAUUUGGUUGAUUUGAUGGCAAAAAUUUGAACAAUAUCAAUCUUUAGUCCAGAAAACUUAUCGUCAUAUUUAUCUAACUUGACAUAGCUUCUAUUAUAUAUUAUCUUGAACAAUCAGUUAGUAAUUUAUAAAUUUAGAGUUAAUCAUCUCUCACUUUUUAUUUUAAAAUCAAUAACAAUGAUUUAGAUCAGGUUUAAAAUCAUUUUUUAAUGUCUUCUCAAUAUCAUUAUCAUAUUGCAUGAAACUUUGUCACAAAGAUGGUAUUUGCAUUAAUAAAGUGAUUAUUUUCCUCGAUUCAAUGAUACUUAUUCAUAGCGGUCGUUCACAUAUUACGUAAUCAGCCGAGGGGGAGGGGAUUUCCAAAUAAUUACGCUAGUGUAAUUU